CGUCCGUUUUCACUGCCCAGCGAGAGCUGCUGUAAAAUGUCGUGAGCGGCACUCGGCAGCUUUACGACUUGGCUGUUCCUGAGGAGAGCUCGGGAGCGUCCACCGGCAGCUAUCGCCGGUCUCCCCGAUCCUCCUUCGUCUCCCUUUCCCUCUUAGGCCCUUCUCUCCUCUUCGCUCUCCUUUCUCCCCCAGUCCCUCUGCAGUCUUCGGAGAUGUGAGCGCUGCUAUGCGGCUGUGGUGCCCCCGGCCCCUGGGUUAAGGCGGCAGGUGUCGCGGGAGGCGGGGAAAGGGGCCGAGGGGAGGGCGGCAGGCUGUGAGUGUGUAUCGGGAGGAGGGGGAGUCCUGCGAGGCACUCCGGGGCCGGAGGCAUGGAGGAGAGCAUGGAGGAGGAGGAGGGCGGCGGAGGCGGUGGCGGCUACGAGGCGAUGAUGGACGACCAGAACCACAACAACUGGGAGGCCGCCAUGGACGGUUACCGGCAGCAACCGCCGCCCCAACCGCCGCCCCCCUCCUCUUCCUCCUCUUCGCCCCGGGAGCCGCCGGGAGUGCAGCUGCUAGCCGUGGCAGCGGCUGCCACCGAGAGGAAGGGCCCCAAGGAAGGGUUGGGGCCGCCGCCGGAGGCCAACGGGGUGACGAUGAUGAUGAUGAAGAGCUGCGACGCGGCCGCGGCCAAGGUGGCCACUGCCCCCACCCCUAGCGCCACCAUCAACAUCAAUACCUCCACCUCCAAGUUCUUAAUGAAUGUUAUAACUAUUGAAGAUUAUAAGAGCACAUACUGGCCAAAAUUGGAUGGUGCCAUAGAUCAGCUUUUAACUCAGAGUCCUGGUGACUAUAUCCCUAUAUCAUAUGAACAGAUAUACAGCUGUGUGUAUAAAUGUGUUUGCCAGCAGCACUCCGAACAGAUGUAUAGUGAUCUGAUUAAAAAGAUAACUAACCACUUAGAGAGAGUCUCAAAGGAGCUGCAGGCCAGCCCUCCAGAACUCUAUAUUGAAAGAUUUAACUUAGCACUUGGACAAUAUAUGGGAGCAUUGCAGAGCAUUGUGCCUCUUUUCAUAUAUAUGAAUAAAUUUUACAUAGAAACCAAGCUUAACAGAGACUUAAAAGAUGAUCUUAUAAAGCUGUUUACGGAACAUGUUGCAGAAAAGCACAUUUACAGUCUAAUGCCUUUGCUUUUAGAAGCCCAGUCAACACCAUUUCAAAUAACACCUUCAACUAUGGCAAAUAUUGUGAAAGGCCUGUAUACACUUAGACCAGAGUGGGUUCAGAUGGCACCAGCUUUAUUUUCUAAAUUCAUCCCAAACAUACUUCCACCUGCAGUGGAAUCAGAGCUUCAGCAAUAUGCAGCUCAAGAUCAGAAACUCCAGAGAGACCUUUUACAAAACGGAUUUGCAAGAGGUGAUCAGUCACGUAAGAGAGCUGGAGAAGAAUUAGCUUAUAGUGUCCACAUAAGGACCAACUUUUCAUGAAGUUCAAACUGACUGUCCUGCAAUGGCUCAGCAGCAUGUGCCAGUUCCAGAGGGUACAGAUAGUGAAUGUGUCCUGGAUGUGCUUUCAUUCCUAAAGGAGACCCUGGAGGAGCUGGAAUUGUAUCCAGAGUACCAGCUUGGGCCCUGCUAAGACUCAAGGGGCUCUGUUGCCAAGUUAGACUUGGAAGAGGAGGUUGGACUUCAUACUUGGUUUUCUAAUUUUUCCUAAAAAGUCAGUUGCUGCUAGACCUGGGGAUAAUUUUGAGAGGUGACAAUCUUUCAACAAUAAAUUUUAUCCACACCUCUUCUGUGAGGAACAGGUAUCUUGAGAAGCAUUACUCAGUGAAAAUCAGCAGCCCAAAUUCAGCAGCUUCCUGCAAAAGACCAGAAGAAUCCUUUUUUGCACUUAUUUUUUGUUCAUUUGUGGACUGUUAAGUGUGUUGGUAUAUAUCAGUUUCAUAUGUCAAGAUAUCUUUUACUUAAAAAAAAUCAUUACAAUACAGUAUUUUUUGUCCAAAACCAAAACAAUGCCCCUUUUCAAGAGUUGGUCCUUUGUUUAGCAUUAGAAAGUGUGUUAAAAGAGAUUACUUAACUGCUUUGUCAUAAAUAUUCUCAAUUCUCAUUGGUUCACUUUUUUUCCACUCUGUGCCUUGAGCUUUGUGCACUUUGCAACAACUGAUUUCAAGUUCAAAGAUGCUUCCUGACAAUGCUGUGGUGUCAUAUACAAAACCAGGAAGGCACUAACUGCUGCUCAGCUGGCAGGGUGCUAAUUGGGGGGGGAGGGGGAGAAAUUGUUAAUCUGUGGCAGAUUGGUCAGAUAUUCCAUCUGCUUUAAUAUGUUUAUGUUCAUAUUAGUAUUGGGGACCAACUCUUGGAGAAAUUUCUAUUCCUUUUAUCACUUAACCAUGAAUAUGUUGACUGCUGCAGUGAUGGCAGUAAGUUAAUUUUUGAACCUCAGAACUGAUACCACUUUUAUGUUUCUAGGGUCAUCGGAACAACUAGCACUUUUUGAAGUUCUGAGUUUACUUUUGAAUCCAAAUAAGAAUCAGUGGUGUAGGAUUCCUGAUCCAUUCCUUUUUAAAUGGGUGGUAAAUGUAUGUGACAAAACAAAGCAGUUUGACUCUAGCUUUUGGUAGUCAUAUCAUCCUGAUAGACCUUGGCUUUGUGGAAGUGGAGUUAGAUUUACUCUGUUGUCACAAAGACCUUUCCGAGCUAAGGGAAAGGAACAUUUUCUCUUCUACACUCACAAUAUUCUCUCCUGGCCAAAUUCUUUUUUAAGUUUUAUUCCAGUUUGAAAGGGGGAGAAGGUUGCAAGAUGUGGCAGGGAAAAGUAUCUCCUCUUUCCUUAAGUCCAAACAGACUAUAUUGCUUUGUGUUACAGACUUCAGUUUUAUGUGGCUAUGUCAAAGUUAUUUUUACCUUCUGAAAAACUGCAGAAGUGGCAAAGAGGCCUUUUAGAGGGAUCCUUGGGUUCGUCUGCUCACUCCUGUUUUGAAACCUUAUCUUUAUGUAGCCUCCAUAAACUCCAGUUGUCUUUUUGGGAGGCGAGUUAGGCAGUAAUACACAGGGUUGAAAAGAAAGAUCCAGGGGAGCAAUGCAUCCUUUUAAAGGAAACCUCCACUUUGGGAAAACUUGUUUUGUUAGGAAAGCAAAAAUUGAAGAUGUUCCUGAGUUUUCCAGUUAGGAUCAAUGGUUAAGGAGAAUCUUCCAAUCUUAUGGAAUACUUUGAGCAGGAUCCAGUUUACCAUCCAAGGAUUACCAAGGUUGUGGUAAUAGAUACUGAAUUAUUGUUUUAAAAAAAAGAUAGAUAUGUGUGUGUGUGUGUGUGUGUGUUUGUACAUAAUACACAUAUGUACAUGUAUGUAUGUACAUAUAUAUCUUAUGUGUAUGUAUAUAUAUAUGCACAUAUAUACACACACACAUAUAGAAACAAAAUGUGACCUGAGAAAUUGAUGUAUAUCAGUAACAUUCUAAGUUAGAGUGUUAAAGAAUUCUUUCAUCAUGCAGUUAGAAUUUUACUUUGUUUAAUAAAAAGUUUGAUAUUGGGCUUUAUAUAGUAUAUUGUAUAUAGUACACAGAACUGAAGUCUUACGUCUAAGAAGGUGGUUAUAACAAAUUUUCAUUAGGAAGUAAACUUCAAUAUCCUGCAAAAAGGAAAAACUGAACAUUCCUCUUAAUGUAGAUGAAUGCAUAAGCACCCUAGCAGUAGUGAAAGCCUUUUUCCACAAUGUAGUAUUCUUGCUUGUUCAACAGUAUGUAUAAAUUUCCUUUGUAAAAAAAAAAAAAAUACUGUAUUAUGUUGUGAAUUGGCAUUAAAAUUUCUGUAUGUUUUUGCAUUAUGAACUUAAUGCAGAGGUAUUUUUAUACUGUCUUUUAUGGUUUUAUUAUUGUGUGUUUUAACAUAAUGUCUACAUUUAGUUUUCUAAAUUUUACACUGUGAUUAAAUCCAACUCUUUUCUGGGAGCUGGUAUUUUUAAAGCCAUGAGGAUAAGGUAGGACAGAACUGGUAACUCUUCUAACAACAAAACUGGCUUUGAUUUGUCAAUUGUUCCCUUCUCCAGUCUACAGUCUACUCCUGAAAUGAAUUCAUGAGUAGCAGAAAUACAAAAUAUACUUUGGAACUUAAUUUCUGUAUUAAUAUUAAAUGUUUUUGUUUAA